AUGGUGCAAUCGCCCACGGCAUCUGACGGUAUCGGAGACGACGUCGUGGUCCCACCCCCUCCCUCGAACAAAUCCAAUUUGUCCUCGAGUUUCGUUGGCGCUCAUACGCUCCUGGUACAUGAUGCGCUGAAGGACGUUGAGGUGACAACGGCUACUCAGCCCCGUCUCACGUCACAGGCCCGGUCGGCGUUGCAGUUUGUAGAGGCCGAUGUUCUACCCAAGCCACCGCUCCUGGCGGCGCUGACAGAGUCCUAUUUCCAGAACGUGUUCCACAGAUAUCCUGUGGCAGAUCGUGCACAUUUGGCCGACCCUGAAUGCCCAACGUUGUUGAAACAGGCUGUGUGUAUGGCGGGGAGUUUGAUGCGGCCCUCGUCAAGCACGGGUGGCCUGGCACUGUCCCAAUCCCUCUACGAGAAGACAAAAAUGAUGCUCUUCUUCAACCAUGAACAAGACCCCGUCACCAGUUUGGCUGCUCUUUGUUUGUUGAUAUGCUGGAGCGGCAAUCCGUCGAACUCGUCUAGUCUCGACUGUCCCUGGCAAUGGACCGGCACCGCGAUCCGACUGGCAGUGCAAAUGGGGCUGCAUAAGGAAGUUACAUAUACCAACCGACCAGACGCUGGCCGGCUGCGUCGUCUGUGGUGGACUCUCAUGAACGCAGACCGACUACAGGCCGCCUGCUUCGGUCGUCCGCUUGGCUUGCGUCGCUCUGAUUACGAUACCAGGAUGCCUAGCGCGGCUGAUUUUGACCGAGCAGAUAUUUCUAGCUUGGUAUUUGUCCAUUAUGCCGGCGUGAUAGCUGUUUGGGGUGAGAUAGCUGAUGUUGGCGCCCGGGGCUUCCCCACAACUGGAGCUGUCAUCGAGGGUCUCACUGACAUGCUCUGUAAUUGGGUCGCGGAAUUGCCAGAGGAGAUUUGUCUUUUUGACCAGACGGGAUCUCGCCGACCGUAUCGACAAUCCAUUUCUGAGUUGCAUAUGGUCUACUCUGUAGCCAUCAUCCUUGUUGAAGCAUUAUCUAUCAAGCGUCAUGAGCAGUGGUCCACCUCGUUACCUGCUAUUAUCGCUGCUGCAUUUGUCACACGGUUGAUCGAGGAGGUAGAUUGCUGGGACGAAUUGAACUUGAUGUCAUCGACAACGACCUUCUAUGCCAUGGCCGCCAGCAUCCCCCUGAUAUAUCAUCGCACCAGUAAUCCGGAGAGAAGGGCUAAACGGCAAGAAGGGCUACUUACCUUGUGUUCAGCCCUUGAGCGUAUGUCUCCAAGAUGGGGUGCCGCCUCAGUUUUGCUAGGCACGAUCCGACGCAUUCGCAACUUGGUGGAACAGCAGGCUGCCCACCAGCCGCAACAACAGCAGCAACAACAACAACCGCAAGAACAAGAACAACAGCAAGAGCACCAAGAUAGCUCGGACCCAGCAGAGACGACACAGUCCGGCUUCACGCCACCUCGGGCAUAUCGACACAGGGAGAUGUUCCCGUUUCCCCCGGAUAUUUGCCCAGACAUGGCCUUGCUACACCCGAGUAUCGACGACGUCUUAGACGUUGGUGAUAUGAUGCUGCCAUUGGGCGACGAACAUCUUUUAUGGAGUUAUGGCGAGUCUCAGACCUACCUUGACCAUUUCCGAUUGAAUAUGUUUGGGGAUGGUCCUAGUCUUAUGGAUGAAGCAUUCUGA